AUGGGAGAACAUCCAUAUUUUAAUUUAAAAAGCUACGAAGAUUUUAACAAGCAAGAUAGUUUAAUACUUCUUAAGCCAAUAUAUAAUAAAAAAAUUAUGUUUACUGCUGCAAAGCCAAACAACAAAGACUAUAUUGAGGAAUCUGAGCAGUAAAUAAAUUAUCUUCUACUUUAAAAUAAUUAAGCAAAUACUUUUAAAUAAUUAAAAAGUUGUUUUCUUUAUUGUGAACCUAAGCAUAAAAAGCCUGAUGAAAAAUUCUAAAACUGUCUGAAAACUUGUCUUGCAAAAUGGAAAGGCAUUCACGAAUAUACAUCCACUCCUGAGUUUAGCGGACUUUUCUUACCCAAAAAACUAAAAUGA